UCAUCGAUCGCCGCAGGGGGAGGGGGCACUGGCCACUGCAGAUGCAAACUGCUUUCAGCUCAUCCUGAAGUGUUGACCGUCCCCUUCAGACACAUCCAAUUAGUAAAACCAUCCAAUCGACCCAUCAAACAGAACUCAAGACAUACAUAUAAACCACGAGCAUACUCCAAGAUGCCAUCGGUCAGGUUAGGAUCAGUUGCGCCGGACUUUGCGGCCGAAACGACGAAUGGUCCGGUCAAGUCCUUCCACGAAUGGAUGGCCGAUUCCUGGGCUAUCCUGUUCUCUCAUCCGGCCGACUUCACUCCCGUCUGUACCACCGAGCUGGGCGAGGUUGCUCGAAGACAAAAGGACUUCGAGGCCCGGAACACUAAGGUCAUCGGGCUGAGCUGUAACGAGCUCACGUCUCAUGACGAUUGGAUCAAAGAUAUUAACCGCGUCAACUCGGUCCAAUUGUCUUUUCCAAUCAUCGCCGAUUCAGACCGGAAGAUAGCCACUCUGUACGACAUGUUGGAUGAACAGGACCUCACUAACCGGGACAGCAAGGGCGUACCAUUUACUGUCCGAUCGGUCUUCAUCGUCGAUCCCGCCAAGAAGGUCAGAUUGAUCUUGCAAUAUCCCGCGUCGACCGGUCGACAAUUUGACGAAAUCAUUCGCGCCUUGGAUUCGCUCCAAUUGGGUGACAAACAUCCCGUCACCACUCCUGCUAAUUGGACCCCUGGUCAACCGGUCAUCAUCCACCCUUCAGUCUCCGACCAAGACGCUCAAAAUCUCUUCCCUAACCCGAUUGACCAUAAGACUCCUUACCUCAGAAUGACCUCCUUGUAAUCCCAACUACUCUUCGCUUAUAUCGCCUAUGUUAUGUCUUCUCAUGAAAUCCUCAAAAUUUCUGACUCAAAUGCCCAAAAAUAUCCCCUGUAUUUUUUCUGUCUGCUACCUGCUUGUACACCGGUGUCGAUAAAAAAAUCGAUACACAAAAAUAGUUAUAACCGAUUUCCUUACUCGCACACACGAAACAUGAACCCAUAGCAUGUUUACCCGUUCGAUCAGACUGGUAGUUUUUUGG